ACUCUGCCUCGCUCACUCGUCGUCCGGCGCGCGUCCGAAUCAUAGGAGUUGGUUUCUCCUCUUUAUUUUGUUAACCCGUUUUCGUAUAUACUCACCGGUACAAUAUGUCUGGUCUCGCGGAUCCCGUGGCGUUCGCCAAGGAUUUCAUAGCCGGUGGUGUGGCCGCGGCUAUCUCGAAAACGGCGGUCGCCCCCAUCGAACGUGUGAAGCUGUUGCUGCAGGUACAGCACAUCUCCAAGCAAAUCUCCGAGGACCAACGUUACAAGGGUAUGAUCGAUUGCUUUGUCCGCAUUCCGAAAGAACAGGGAUUCCUCAGCUACUGGCGUGGAAACUUCGCCAAUGUCAUCAGAUAUUUCCCGACGCAAGCUUUGAACUUUGCGUUUAAAGACAAGUACAAGCAAGUUUUCCUCGGCGGUGUUGACAAAAACACGCAGUUCAUGCGUUACUUCGUUGGAAACUUGGCCUCCGGUGGUGCUGCUGGUGCUACGUCCCUCUGUUUUGUCUACCCGCUCGACUUUGCCAGAACCAGGUUGGCAGCCGACGUCGGCAAAGGUUCUGAGAAACGUGAGUUCAGUGGUCUUGGUAACUGUUUGAGCAAAAUCUUCAAAGCUGACGGCUUGACCGGCCUGUACCGUGGUUUCGGAGUGUCUGUCCAGGGCAUCAUUAUCUAUCGCGCUUCCUACUUCGGCUUCUACGACACUGCCCGUGGUAUGCUACCAGACCCCAAAAAGACGCCAUUCCUUAUCUCAUGGGGUAUUGCACAGGUUGUCACAACUGUCGCGGGUAUCGUGUCGUAUCCAUUCGACACUGUGCGUAGGCGUAUGAUGAUGCAGUCCGGACGCGCUAAAGCCGACAUUUUGUACAAGAGCACCCUCCACUGUUGGGCCACCAUCUACAAGUCUGAGGGUGGCAACGCUUUCUUCAAAGGAGCAUUCUCCAACGUUCUUCGUGGUACAGGUGGUGCGCUCGUACUGGUACUUUACGACGAAAUUAAGAAUCUCCUUUAAGACACUAUAACGAUCUUCACCUCAUUACCUUCACAAACUACAAUUGCAAAGUACCAUCUUUAUUCCACGCCAUCCGACGUAACAGCAGUUAUCAGACUGAGUGAUUCCCAGACUGACGUUGAGCUGUCGAGAAAUUUUGAGAACGGUCGCAAACUUAACGCUCGUAUCAAUAGCAACUUGUGAAAUGCAUGGAACUCGGCAGUAUAUAUGUAUAUCUUGACUGUAGAAGAGAAUUCGCUUUAUUUAUUGCCGGAUUCAGUAUUUUCUUGCAACGGUUCGCAUGUGCUAUUUUCAUGUUCCAUUUCCGUGACGAAGUGAAGGAUGUACUUCUGCGUAUAUCCGAGGUAGAAUUAACAGCGCGAUGAAUCUAUGAAAACUGUCUAAUACAUGUGACUACGUAGACAAUGCGAUGGUCGGGACAUAAAGUAGUAAAAAUAACUGUCUAAAAAAAUAUAAAAAAAAAAACAUAUUGCGAAAAGAAACGUAUACAACUGAGAGAAGGACGCGCGUCGAAAUAUAAUUACGACGAUGGCGGGGCGUGUAGACUUGGGCUGCCCCCGCCCGUAACCGCGGCCCAUUGUAGAUAAGUAAUAAAAAUGAUCGUACUAAUAUCAACGGUGAUCAUCGAAUUUCAGUGAACAGUAAUUUAAUUUUCGCACUCCAGACAACUUCGUGUAAGAUAAUGAGAAGCGUUACUUGUGAGUGUAUGCAUCCAAUGUGUUCAUGUUAGGAUGCGUGCAAAGAAAACAACUAAAUCAAUAAAACUGAUCAUAAAAUC